CGGUCGGCGGAGAGGCCAGCUUCAGCCGGACUGAGGGAGCUUCGCCGUAGGUGAUGGCGCCCCCCGCGGCCUAGGAGCCCAGCGCCCGCCGCGAGCCUCUCUGACAGGUCUCCUCGCCGCGUCGGGCCGAGAGUCCUCGUUACCUUGAACAUGUCGGCGCCGCUAGCCAAGCUGUCCUGCCCGGCAUAUCAUUGCUUCCAUGCCUUAAAAUUUAAGAAAAGUUAUCUGCCUGUGUGUGCUACAAGAUGGUCUUCAACUUCCGUUGUACCUCAAAUUACUACCCACUACACUAUUCAUCCCCGGGAUAAGGACAAGCGGUGGGAAGGAGUGAAUAUGGAGAGAUUUGCAGAGGAAGCAGAUGUGGUGAUAGUUGGAGCAGGCCCUGCAGGGCUCUCGGCAGCUAUUCGUCUCAAGCAGUUGGCUGCUGAGCAUGAAAAGGACAUCCGUGUGUGUCUGGUGGAGAAAGCUGCUCAGAUAGGAGCUCACACUCUCUCAGGGGCUUGCCUCGACCCAGGUGCUUUUAAAGAGCUCUUCCCAGACUGGAAGGAGAAAGGGGCUCCACUUAACACUCCUGUAACAGAAGACAGAUUUGGAAUUUUAACAGAGAAAUAUAGAAUUCCUGUGCCAAUUCUUCCAGGUCUUCCAAUGAAUAAUCAUGGCAAUUACAUUGUGCGCUUGGGACAUUUAGUAAGCUGGAUGGGAGAACAAGCAGAAGCUCUUGGUGUUGAAGUCUAUCCUGGUUAUGCUGCUUCUGAGGUCCUAUUUCAUGAAGAUGGUAGUGUAAAAGGAAUUGCUACUAAUGAUGUAGGCAUACAAAAGGAUGGUGCACCAAAGACAACCUUUGAAAGGGGACUAGAGCUACAUGCUAAGGUCACCAUUUUUGCCGAGGGUUGCCACGGACACCUUGCCAAGCAACUGUAUAAGAAGUUUGAUCUGAGGUCCAGUUGUGAUCCCCAAACCUAUGGGAUUGGACUGAAGGAGCUGUGGAUUAUUGAUGAAAAAAAGUGGAAACCUGGACGAGUAGACCACACCGUUGGUUGGCCACUAGACAGACAUACAUAUGGAGGCUCUUUCCUUUACCAUUUAAAUGAAGGUGAACCUCUAGUAGCUCUUGGUUUUGUGGUUGGUCUAGACUAUCAGAAUCCAUACCUAAGUCCAUUUAGAGAGUUCCAAAGGUGGAAGCACCAUCCCAGCGUUAAGCCAACACUGGAAGGUGGGAAAAGGAUUGCCUACGGAGCCAGGGCUCUCAACGAAGGUGGCUUUCAGUCUAUUCCAAAACUCACCUUUCCUGGUGGUUUACUAAUUGGUUGUAGCCCUGGUUUCAUGAAUGUUCCCAAGAUCAAAGGUACCCACACAGCAAUGAAAAGUGGCAGUUUGGCAGCAGAAUCAAUUUUUAAUCAACUAACUAGUGAAAAUCUUCAAUCAAAAACACUAGGACUCCAUGUAACUGACUAUGAGGACAAUCUGAAGAAAUCUUGGGUCUGGAAGGAGCUAUAUGCUGUUAGAAAUAUAAGGCCAUCCUGUCAUGGAAUAUUGGGCGUAUAUGGAGGGAUGAUUUACACUGGACUGUUUUACUGGAUCUUGAGAGGAAUGGAGCCAUGGACUCUAAAACAUAAAGGUUCUGACUCGGAUCAGCUCAAGCCAGCCAAGGACUGUACUCCUAUCGAAUACCCAAAACCUGAUGGACAAAUCAGUUUUGACCUCCUGUCAUCAGUAGCUUUGAGUGGUACUAAUCAUGAACACGACCAGCCAGCACAUUUAACUUUAAAGGAUGACAGCAUACCUGUAAAUAGAAAUUUGUCAAUAUAUGAUGGGCCUGAGCAGCGAUUCUGCCCUGCAGGAGUUUAUGAAUUUGUACCUUUGGAACAAGGUGAUGGGUUUCGGCUACAGAUAAAUGCUCAGAACUGUGUGCACUGUAAAACAUGUGAUAUUAAAGAUCCAAGUCAGAAUAUUAACUGGGUAGUGCCUGAAGGUGGAGGAGGACCAGCUUACAAUGGAAUGUAAACUAAAACUGAUUUCAUUUGCCAGCACAUUUGAUAACCCAUUUCUGUUUCUGUAAAUUGUAAAUGUACUGCAGUCAAACUUUAAAAUGCUCAGAGGUGAACAAGUUUCCUUCACAAAAUAGUGGUAAAAGUUUAUACUGCAUCUAAAAGUAUUCCCUAAAAAUCAUGAAAUAUUUCUCUUAAAACUUUACAAAGGGGGCUGGGAAUAUGGCCUAGUGGUAAAGUGCUUGCCUCAUAUACAUGAAGCCCUGGGUUCAAUUCCUCAGCACCACGUAUAUAGAAAAAAA